GCCCCUGCCGACCUGGUCGAACUGGGCGCGCUUCCGGGUGUCACCCGCAGAGGGCGCCGGGCCGGGAAUCGCCCGUUGAGUCGCGAGGCCGGACAGAGCGCGGCGCCGCCCCACUCGCCCCAGCCGCCGCCAUGAAGGCCGUGGUGCAGCGCGUCACCCGGGCCAGCGUCACAGUUGGAGAAGAGCAGAUAAGUGCCAUUGGUCGUGGCAUUUGUGUAUUGCUGGGUAUUUCACUGGAAGAUACACAGAAGGAACUGGAGCACAUGGUCCGAAAGAUUUUGAACCUGCGUGUGUUUGAGGAUGAGAGUGGUAAGCACUGGUCAAAGAGUGUGAUGGACAAACAGUAUGAGGUGCUGUGUGUCAGCCAGUUUACUCUUCAGUGUGUCCUCAAGGGGAACAAGCCUGACUUCCACCUGGCGAUGCCCACAGAGCAGGCAGAGGGCUUCUACAACAAUUUUCUGGAGCAGCUGCGCAAGAAUUACAGGCCAGAGCUCAUCAAAGAUGGCAAGUUUGGUGCCUAUAUGCAGGUACACAUUCAGAAUGAUGGGCCUGUGACCAUAGAACUGGAAUCCCCUGCUCCUGGCGCUGCUAUCUCUGACCCAAAACAGCUGUCAAAGCUUGAGAAACAGCAGCAGAGGAAAGAAAAGACCAGAGCCAAGGGCCCUUCUGAAUCAAGCAAAGAGCGAAAUGCCCCCCGAAAAGAAGACCGCAGCGCCAGCAGCGGGGCAGAGGGUGAUGUGUCCUCUGAGCGGGAACCAUAGCCCCUGGAGGCAGAGAGCUUAGUGCAUUACCAUUGGGCAGAUCUGGAUCCUGAAAAAUUCAAGAUGCUAAGUACCUACACUGCUUUAAGAAUUUGGGACUGAGACAUGAAAAGGAAGAUAUACAUAAGAAAUUGGGAAUCUAAAUAACACUGCAACAAAACAAAACAAAAACAGAAAAACCCCUCCAAACCCUCCAAACAAUAACAACAAAAAAGGAAAACAACCACCCAAAAGACCCCUAGGUUUUCUGUAGUUGCUGUGAUCUGAAGGCAGUGGGUGCUGCUGAUGGAAGGCAGUGCGCAUGCAGAGGCACACAGCCGUGCCUCCCCCACAGAAAGGCUUCACUGGUUUCCACCAUGUCUUGGCUUGCUUUUGGAACAGCCUGGCCCAACAUCAUUGGUCAUCAAGUCCACUGUGGUGUAUUCUGCUUGUCCAUGAUGGAUCUCCAGCACAUCCAUGCUGUCUGCAUUCUUUCCAACACUAGUUCAUAAGACAGGGCCCAUGUUAUGGUAUAAGGAGAACAACCAUCAAUGAUAAUGUAUUGUGUGAAAUGUUUGCAUCUUGUAAAUUUUUUCUUUUUUCUAAAAAUAAAUAUUAAUAAAAUCCUAAAUCUCAACAAACCA